AAUCUAUCGUUCUUGUGCUAUAACAAAUAAACAUAACACUUUUAAGGAGGAAUCUCCUCGUUUCUUAUUGUUUUAUACGUGUUCGGUGGCUAACAUUAAUGCGUAAAAUCAAUGCGUAAUUUGCCUAUUUGUGCCGAGGCAAAGCUUUCCAGCUCUGCCUUGAAGUGUGAUAAUCUCUGGACCAUUUAUUCAAUUUACUGACCGGUGAUUGCGGCUCGCGCACGCCCCCCAAAACCUUGAGACAUUUCCCUCUUUAAUCUAAUUGGAUGAUAAGUGUGUGCCUAUACUGUUGUUGAGCCCGAAGCCAAAACGCUUGCGCGGCCUUUUUUUUUUUUUUCUUCCUCCUCUUUUUGAGUCUAUUCUCGUCACAGCCCCCCGCGGUUUCAUCUCAAAUCCCAUUUGCUAUUGUACCUGCCCAAUAGCAGAGACCGAGCGCGUUUUAACUCGGAUGGCAUUUUUUAUUUCAUCAUUACAAUCCGGCGCAAGUUUGACGCAGUGAUCUCUGCGCGCGCUCUCAACUCUGAUCAUCCGGAGGAGGUGGACGCGAGCUCCGCGCGACUUUCUGUUUUCUCCAUCUCGUUCGAUUUUUAACACAGACCAUAAAACCAAGACGAUCUUUUUAAAAGUUUUUUUUUUUUUCACUCCCCUUCCCUGGUAAGUUGUUUGAUGGUGAUCCACAUCGGACAGUAAACGGUGAUGGCAGACUCUGAUGCGCAAGAGACUCGCCAACCCGCAAAAGACUCGCCGUUCUCCAUAAAGAACCUGCUCAACAUCGAAGAUAAACCCACGAAGCCGAAGAGCUUCCUCGGCUCGUCCAAAGGAGUGUUUGAAGGCAGCUUCUUCUCUCGGCUCGGUGACUUAUCUUUCCCUCGGUUUGAGUUGCCCGCACAGAGGAUUGGACUAUCAGGGCAGUAUCUGGAAAGAGCGUCUACCUGGUGGUACCCAUAUACCCUUGGGGCUCAUCUGAGGACCGGGGGGUCUGAGAAGGCCAACCUGAGGGAAGCAUCACCGGCACCGGACAGGCGCUCCCCGGAUCUCCAAAAAAGCGACCAAGAUGUCAAAGAGGAAAGCGCCGACGACGACGUCGCGCUGGACGAAAGUGACGCGGAAGAGCCAAAGAAAGAAAUACUAGACCAGGAGGACGACUGGAGGAGAAAAACGGACACGGAGCUGGACUCCGAGAAGAAGCCCUGCCGGAAGAAGAAGACGCGCACGGUGUUUUCCAGGAGUCAGGUUUUCCAGCUGGAGUCCACCUUCGACAUCAAACGGUACCUGAGCAGUUCGGAGAGGGCGGGCCUGGCCGCGUCCCUGCACCUGACGGAGACGCAGGUGAAAAUCUGGUUCCAGAACCGGAGGAAUAAGUGGAAAAGGCAGCUGGCCGCGGAGCUGGAGGCGGCCAACCUGAGCCACGCGGCGGCGCAGAGGAUUGUGCGGGUUCCCAUACUUUACCACGAGAACGGAGCCCCGGAAACGAGCGGGGGCCCUGCUGCAAACUCACCGGGCAACCAGUCACUCCUGGCUUUUCCCCACCACAUGUACUAUUCCCACCCGGUCCCUCUGCUGAGGCCUGUUUAACACUGACUGUCAUUAUGAGCUGUAAAUAUGUUUUUGAAUGAGAGUGACCUUCAUUGAAAAAAAAAAUAAAAAUUUUGUAUAUUUUGUAGAAUCGACGAACACAAUGUUAGGUCAUAUUAUUAUUAUUAUUAUUAUUAUUAUUAUUAUUUGUAAUCAUCCUUUAUCCUGCUGAAGUGUCUUUGAAUAAGACACAGAGUCCCUCUUGCAGCCCCCAAAGGUGUUAUAGAGGGACAAUAAAAUUAUUAUUAUUAUUAUUAUUAUUAUCACUAUCAUUAUUGGUGAGAUCUUUAUAUUCUCAAAAGUGGGUGAAUAUAUUUUAAUGUAUUCCAUAAAAAAAAACUUGUUUUGAGCAGGGUUGACUGUCCAUAUGUAUUUUACAGAGAUUUGUGUCAGUGUUUGUAGCUUAAAAAAAAAUGGAAUUUAAUAUUUUGAUAUUCUCCAAUAUUGUGCAAUACUGUUGGCUUCACAUUAGGCUACCAGCCUUUGUCAUCUAUAGUUCACUUUUACAGAAAAAAACGAUCCUUUUCUCUUUGUAACAGUGAGGACAAUCAUGUGAUCCUUAAAAAAAAAAAAAAAAUCCCCGAUAAACUGCAGGUGAUAGGUAACUGUAUUCAUGACGCAAUGUUUUUGCCGGUAAUUUUAAAGCCAUGAGAGAGCCAAAAUUAGCCUCUGUUUUUGUGUAUGGUUUUCCUCUGAUAUUGUUAUUGAAAUUCUGUAUAUUAUAUGGUCUUACACUCAGUAAAG